AUGGCCAUUGGCCCAAACCUGACUGAGCUGCUCAGUUGUUCUCCCACCCUGUCCUUGAUUGGAAGUGGUAGUGUGGUACUUAAAUUCAUCAGAGUGGAUUCAUACGGAGUUUCUACAGUGGACUCUGAACGUGAUAUCCUGGGGUCAAUGUGUUCUUCGCUCUGGUCGGAUCACACAGAUGGAGAUUCCUCCAAGCAGCGCUGCUGGCGUGGCAGUAUUUUAAUCGAAAGCAAAAACUGGGAAAAUGGUAGUAACAACUACGUAACAGAUGCUACCAAACAGGCUGUUGGUGUUGAGGGAGCAGACAAAUGUUUCCACCUCAGGGUCUCUAAGCCAAAAAGCCGCAGGAGAUGGGGCUGCCAUGGCAGUGAGGGACCCCUUUCCUUGUCCGUCACUGAACAUGCAGCUCAGAAGUCCAAGGGGCAAGCACCUUUUCAUGCGCUGCUAGCCAUUAUCCCCUCUCACUGGAGUAAACAAUUCCAUAACAUGCUGAAGACCUCACCAGGAACGCAGCGCGGAGAUGUUGCUAUAGGAAAGGAGGUAUCCCAAAUAAAGACAGGAAUUUGGACUCAUCUCGUUGCCUAUUUGGUUCAGAGAUUACUCAGCAAAUCUCUUAGUGCCCUCAGGGAAGCAAGCACCUUCACUGACUUCACUUAUCCUCAGUGGUGCAUAAGGAGACAAAGUGAGUUUAGUCCUGUAACCUUUGUAUUUCCGUGUGAUCUUCUCAACUCCAGUCCUAAAACUGCAUCAUCUAUUGUAUUAGGUGUUCAGGGUUUCUGGUGUGCUUCACACAACAUGAAAGAUUCCUCAUUGCAUAUGGAGGAGCUAAGGCUGGAGAUCUCCAGGCUUCGCAGCCGCUCUCAUACGGUUAGUGAUGGUCGUCAUACCUUACUCAUCCGUGAAGCCGAAUGUAUGCCGCUCGCCCUGGUUGCACCAGCAACUGGCUCUUCAAAAUGUGGAAGAAAUCACAGAAAUCCCCCCACUGGUUGCCCAGGAUCUGGUGAAAGGGAGGAGCCGUUGGCUGGGUGGACGGUAGGGAUGUCCUUGCCAAGCCAGCACGCCACUGCCGGUGACACCCAGGACAGCUGCACACAGAGACUCGUACUGCGUUUGAGGUGCCCUAAGUUGAACACCGCACUAGACCAUUGCUGGAGCAGGCCAAAAGGCAAAGAGGGAACAGGAGAGGGGAAAGCAGCUGUGUUCCUGUUGCUAGAAAUAUCUGGAGAUGCCCACAGCGGUCCAUACUCUGGAAGGACACGCACAUUUCAGAAGGUGGUUGCUCUGUCACGGAUGGUGAAAGCCCACGUCUUCCGCAUGUCGGUGGUGAGAGAGGGGGAGUUUGGCAAUGGAACUUUGUUGGAGGAGCAGGUCCCUGUUCCUGUUUAUCACCCGACUCCUAGCCAGACUCGGCUAGCAACACAGCUGACAGAAGAGGAACAAAUCAGAAUAGCGCAGAGGAUAGGCCUUAUUCAGCAUCUACCUAAAGGAGUCUAUGAUCCUGGAAGAGACGGCUCCGAGAAGAAGAUCAGAGAAUGUGUCAUUUGUAUGAUGGACUUUGUCUAUGGGGACCCUAUCCGAUUUCUGCCGUGCAUGCACAUUUACCACCUGGACUGUAUAGAUGACUGGUUGAUGAGAUCCUUUACCUGUCCAUCCUGCAUGGAGCCAGUGGAUGCAGCACUGCUUUCGUCAUAUGAGACUAACUGAGCCAGGGUUUCUCCACUGAACCUUCAAGGAGACCAUCCACUUUAAUGGGUUUGAUCCUUUUGUCAUUCAGCCCAAAGAGCCAGGAAUUAGGAAUUAAGAUCAUGCACAAAGUAUACAUUUCCUAAUAAAUAAAUAAAAAAAUAUUCCUGAAUGGCUGCAAAUAUUGGAAAAAACAUAGUAUUUUAGAGACUAUAGAAAAGUAGGUUGUUAUUUUUAAUGUAAAGCCUUGACCCACCGUUGUCUUUUAAUGUUUGUUCUUACACCCAUAUAUAGGAAUUGUGUAAAGUGUUACAGCAACCGUAAAUGUUUAAACUGCGUGUAUCCAAUUUUAUUAGCAGCAAGAUAAUUUCCUAAAUAAAGUAACCAGUUUUGUUCCGAUUCUUUUCACAAGUCCUGGCAUUUGGGUCAAGGCUUUAUUGAAAUCUACAUUUUAUAACACUGGCACAAAGAAAUAGUUUUAAGCUUGUUUGCACAGUUCUUCUUUUUCUCUUUUUUUUUUUUUUUUCUCCAUUGGAGAUGGAAUUCAUUGCCUUAGGUCUUUUUAAUAGUGUAUUGUUAUUGUUGGGCUGGCUCUAUGCUUGAAAACCAGUUUAUUUAUAACCUGUUAAAAGUGCUAUGUUUUGUUUGCAGUUAGGAAUAUGCAGACUUCAAAGUGAUCUCCUAGCUUGUAAGCAAACUGAGAUGCAUUAUCCCUUUUCUACAAGUGAUGCGGAAUACGAAGCUAUGAAACAAGUCCUACAGUGAAAUUACGGUUUCAUGUUUUUUGUAACUUGCUUCGGUUUUGAUGAAACAACAGUCCUUAAAGUUUAAUGUGUCACCUUUAACCUGAUCAAGUUAAAAGUGGGCCAGAUGGACAAUAAAUAGUUAAGCUACCCUGACUGGAAAAAAAAAAAUCUUUGGAACUAAUGUAGUGUUAGCGUUGAUCACUUAUUCUACUUUUUUCUCCCUAAAAAUGGUUGUCUUGGAUCAUAGCAAAUGGAUACUGCAUCUCUCGUUCUUGUAGUUCUUAGGUUAUCAGAAGUUAAGAAUAAACAUACUGUAUCUCAGUCUCCUGUAUUAAAUGUAUCUGUUAAGCCCUGCUGGCUGACACAUCAGUCGACCAAACAGAUAUAAAAUCGGAUACGAGAAAAAUCUAUUUUGUUCUGCAUGUAAAUGCGAAGUUUAUAUAAACACAGACUGUCAUACUAGCAGUUGAGGGGGAAAACAGUACUGCUAUAGCCAGAAUGACACAAUUAGCUAAUUUCUGCAGCAAACAGUAUGUGCUUGUUAAGAGGUGGUCUAGCAAAGAUUGUAGCUGUAAAGACCUUUUUUCCACCUAGCAUGUUUUUUUUUCCUUUUUCCUUUUUAUCUUCUUUAAUGUACCCUACUGUGACUUUUAUACAUUCAGCACAAUGCUGAUACAUUGAGAAGUCCUGGUCUUGCAAAAUGAGAUGCAAUCUCAAGUUAACCACAACAAAUCGGGGAAUAUUCUUGAUUGUUUUUCAUAUAUAGUUUCAGUACUUGUUUUAUCAAGUUGUGUUUAAAGACUCAAGUACUUUGAAGACUUAGUGUAUUUACAAUAUAGAAGAAGAAUUGUGCAUGUUAUGGAUAAUUUUUGAAGGAUUGGUCAGCAAAAUGUAGAAUCUACAUGUUGAUUUAUUUAUUUAUUAUUCCUGCAGCUGACAGCAACCUGCUGUCUUCGAGAAGAACUCUUAAGUAGCAGUCAGAAGGAAUUGAAAGCAGUCUACAGUUCUAGAUUCACCCAAAUUACUACACAUUUAUCUGGACACAAUUUUUUGCUGAAUUCAUACAUACCUAAUUACAUGGAUCAAAAUCGGGCAAGGGAGACCUGAAGUUGUGCAAUAUCAUUGUUCCUUUUCAUCAUUC